AUGGCCACCUCAUUGCAGAACCCUCCAAGCGCGACGAUCUACGUCAAAAACCUCGAGGAACGGAUCAAGAUUGAUGCACUCAAAACGGCGCUCACCGAAAUCUUCUCCGAGUUUGGUAACAUCAUUGAUCUUGUGGCUAAGACGAACCUCAAAGCCAAAGGCCAGGCAUUCAUCGUCUUCGACAACCCCGAAGAUGCAGCGACGGCGAUCGAAGAAGUGAACGGGUUCGAGCUGUUCGACAAGCCCAUGCAACUGGAGUUCGCGCGCACCCGAUCCGACGCUACGGUCCUGAAGGAAGACGGGGAGCCAGGGCUGGAGAAGUGGAAACGAACGCGGCUCGCGGAGAAAGAGAGGAAGCAGGCCGUGGAGGCUACACAGCAGAAACUCAAGAGACCGGCGCCAACUGCUGGACCGCAGGAUCCAUCUGGUCUGGCUGCGAGACCUGCGAAGGCCGUCAAAGGUGCGGGUCUCAAAGCCUCGGGCACGAAUAAUGCAGCGAUCAUUCCGGACGAGUAUUUGCCCCCGAACAAGAUUCUGUUCCUCCGAGACCUACCGGACAGCUACGAUGCGGAUGGUCUAUCGAGGAUAUUCAGCCGGUUUGAAGGGUUUAAGGAGGUGCGCUUAGUACCUGGCAGAAAAGGGAUUGCUUUUGUGGAAUAUGAAGCGGAAGCCGGUGCUAUCAGUGCAAAGGAGGCCACCGCAGGCAUGCAAUUGGGUGACGAAGGCAAGGGUAUCAGAGUCACCUAUCAACGCGCAUAA